CACACACCUUCCUCAUUCAUGGAAGAGGACAUGUCUCGGGAAUAUGUUACGCUUUCCUGGAAAUUACGCUAAUUGCCGUUGGUGGUGAGUGAGGCAUUUAAGUGCUUUGGCCUCUUGUUUGCUAAGUCAUCCCGGUGGGAAGAGGGCUUCCAACCACUGAGAAAGAACAACACUUCCAAUAUGGAGGAGCAAAGCAGAAGUCACUCUAUGCAGAAUCGCGGCACACCGGCAUUAGUUACAGCUUCGGCCCCAGGACCUAGGCCUGUUGUCCAAUCCCGUGAAGAGGGGGGUGCUGUGGUGGCGCCCUCCCGCUCCCCCUCCCCCAGGCUGCCCAACUUCGGAGAGGACAGCCUACCCCUCACCGACUACCUGGCACAUCUCACACCACAGGAAUGGGAGGCUUUCUGUCAGGCAGCUGCUGAUCCGUUGACCAAAGCAACGUUUUUCAACCUCUGCCUGAACCUUGUUCUGCACGUCACCAAGUGCACGAUGCAGACGGUGGUUCCUGCCCUUCUGAAGCACGUGCAGGAGGACCCACAGCUGUCCUGUGUCCGUAUCCCAGAGAAAGACUGCAAUGUUUUGGACCCAAAGCUGCCAGCUGCUGUCGUCAGGUCCCAGACGUCUUUACUGACUCGCUGUGGCAUCACAGAGGAGACCAUCCAGCAAAAUGUCCAGAUGACGUUAAGGGACGCUAAUGUGACCCCCAGGGUUGACCAAGGGUUAGCCUGUGAUGCAACAACUCAAGCAGAAAUUGCGAUCGAGUUGGUUGAGAAAACCAGUCAAACGGGUGGUUCACAAAAGAGUGGGCCGAUUCUCUGUUGGAAAAACUGCUGGGCCAAAAUGUGCUCGAUGGAAGACGUCGACUCGACUGUGGGUGAGUCCAUGACAUCCGUCAUUGACACAAUAGAGUCCAGCCUGGAUGAGAAGUUUGACGUGGGCCAGUCUGCCAAAAAGUUGCUGUUGUCUAUCAAGCGAGUUGUAAGAACCCUUGUUUGCAAAAGCUCCUCAUCUACCACAUCUAUUCCACCUCCUGACAUGGAACUGAACGCUCAAGUGGACGCGCCAGCGGACGCGCCAGCGGAAACUCCACCUGAACAGUCAGCAUCAGCGCGGUUUUCUUGUGCCGAUUUAUGUUCAAAGGCCAAGCAUGGCGUGAGCAGUGUUCUGCUGUUGAGCAUGAUAGAUUUGAACCAUGACAUGAUAGAUGACGUUAUUUGCCCUCGUGCCCCUGCCGCCGUGUCUGUUGUUGAGACAAAGCAGCUACCUGAGCCUCACCGGCAAGCUGUCCACGACGCCGCCAACGUAGUCGUCACAACGUUCCAGGUGGCGAUGACAGCAAUACCGUCGUCGGCUGAAUACAUGGAUUACAAGGAGAGCAGUGCGACGAUGGAGGUUGUUGAUUCAUCUUUACCCGAUGCCAAAGAUAGUAGAGCUGUGAGGAAGGAAACGGAGGAUGACAAAUCUGUUGCUGAGAAGGACAGCAGCGCGAUGGAGGCUGUCGAUUCAUCUUUACCUGAUGCCAAAGGUAGUAGAGCUGAGAGGAAGGAAACAGAGGACGACAAGUCUGAUGCUGAACAUCUAGAUGAAGACCAGGUCAUGGACAAGGAUAAGGACUUGGCAGACGACGAUGAGUUUUCCUCACCUGCUGUCCGGCACACAGAGAAGCAGGAAAACGAGGUUGUUGGCUUGCCUAUACCUGACAACGCUGCAGGAACGGGUGAGCAGAGGCCUGAUGAGCCAGUUGUAAACCACACCAGCGGAGACCGUAAACCAGCCAAGUUGGUGGCGAGAAGAAUCUUUGAAAAAGUCCACAAAGGGCUUGUAAUCAUGUUUAUGCAACCCUUUGUGAAGCCCAGCGUCACACAGAGUGUGCUAAAGGAGGUGAUAGCUUCCUACCACCAACUGCAAUCGCAGCCAGAAGAUUCACCACAGUCGCAGACCGACAUUUUUGUUAAGGAAGUAAUUUCCCAGCUCAGUGUCAUGGGUUGGGCCCAUGAUGGUGAGGAGGACUCCUGGGCUGCUGGCCAAAGUUCCCAAAAACAGCCAGAUGGUGGGGCAAGCGAAAGGACUGAGGAGUCCCUUGCAUCUACACCUACACCUGCACCUGCGUGCAUUCAGACGCUGUCAAGUGAAGCCUUUCGUCAGAAUGCCCUUGACGCUGUUGUGGGUGUGCUCGCCACGACAGUCAAGAGCAGCCACCUCCCCCUGCCUGUUGAGUACAGCGGCAGCAUCACAGUGGCCCACGCCACGCCACAGAACAGCAUUUGCUCCUCUUUGCGUGUGGGAGUCUCACAGGUUGCAGACAUAGACAGGGCCGCCUCUCAGAUUGUGGACCAUUUUGAGCAGGAUCUACAACGGUGCGUCGAGUCCCUUCAGUCGUUACAGUGUACAUUCUCAGACUCUGUCUCUCAGAAGUCCUCUGUCAAAGAGCCGAGUGUACAGGACAUUCCGACCGAGGUCUUUACCACUGCUGCCUCGAGGUUACAUCAAAGUGUGCAAAGUAAGGUGAGAUCAUUUUUUUCUGCAUUUUCACGUUUUUCCAUGAAGAAGAAACCUAUUCAAAACGAACCUUCAGAGGAAACGCCAGAAGAAAUACCAGAGGACAAACUUGACAUAUCUGACAUUAGCGCUGUUCGAGAAUGUGCUAACCAAAUAGUCGAAGAGCUUAUCAUUGCAGCUAAGAAACAAUUAUCACAGGAAUUAGAUACUGGCAACGAAGGACAGAUGUCACAAUCUGAGAACUACCUGGUAGAAAAUAUUGUGAUAGAGCUUGAGAAAAAAAUUUCGUCCACGUCUAGUCCGUCCAAGCCGAGUGUAGCUGACAAGCUGGACUCGUCUGGAUCAGCCGCUGUGAUACCUGAACUCAUUAAGAAACUGUCAAGUGAAGACCUCCAACGAAAAGCCGUCAAACAAGUGAGCCAGCUUCUAUUGAACUCUGCCAAACACAGUGGAACUUCUGUCACGUUAGAAACAGAAUCAACAGCAUCUGCUGUCGUUGCUACGGUGGUGGAAGGCGUUCAGACCCUAUUACAGACCACAUCAGAACAUGGGACCAACAACACGAGCACCGAUAGCAAAGAGAAUGUCAAGGAAGGAAUGUUGUCUGCUUCUCAGGAAAAGAUCGAGGCAGAUGAUGCCUCUAAGCGCAACAACGUCUGGUCCGCCACCCAGGAGAUGUUUCAAAACCUACAGUUGAAAGUGAGAGAUUUUUUCACCAAUAAUCAACCUUGUAUUGCAAAACAUGUCAGCAGCCACAAUGUGCCCACACUCACUUCAGAAGGCCUCCCACAAUCUGGGACAGAAGGUCUGAAGCUAUUCCAUGAUGCAAUAAAUGCAAUGCUGCAGAGGUUGAAGGAGAUGGAUGUAGACAAGCCUGCCUCGGAUUGCCUGUCUCCUUCAAAGAGCAAACUCUCCACCACCAAUGAAGACAAGGUGGGUGAGCCAGUGCCUGACACUUCUGCAAUCAAAUCCAAAGGCCCUAACGUUGAUCUUAUAAUAGACCGCUUUGAAGAUGAAGCUACUUCUGAUGGCACUCGGGCUGCCAUAACCAACGUUGUGAAAGCUAUCCAUGAAAAAACAGUUCACCAUGGCACAUCUUUGUCAGAAAGCCAGUGUCUCUCCGCCAUCGCACAAUCCCUGGAACAGACCAGCAGCGACUCGACUGCUAACCGUGACCUCGUCGAUCACAUCUAUGGACUUUUCUCGAGUAGUGCUAGCUCUAUUCCUAAACAGUGUGCUUUUGACACCAAGGCUUUGAGUAAGGAACACGCAAAGGCGUCCGAUGUACAAGCUGCCUCUGAAAUGCUUCAAAUGUACAUUGCGGAGAGUGUCAAGCAGAUUCUUCAUCCCUGUUUUAAUCUUCCCCCUCCUCCGUCUCCAAGCGACACGGAGGGCAAAACGCCGGCCACCAAGUCUCCAUCCAAAAUACUGGAUGACACGGUAGGCCUGUUGACGGACAUGAUGGUUACGGAAGUUUCACAUGGCCUGUCCCUGACUCUGGAUGCUAAAACUGACCUGGAGGAAAGAGAGGCCACCGCGCCUGAUUCACCUAGUGCCGGAUCAGCUGAGAGCCGCAGCAGUUCGGGGCUCUCAGAGUCACACGAGGCAUCCAUCACGUGUGACACUGAAGCCAGUUUGAAGAGCGCAAAGUCUUCCGUCAGGUGUGACACCACUGAAGACAUUUUGAAGGGCACCAUGCUGCCGAAGGCCAUACCUGUGGAAAAAGACGACUACACCGGCUUGGUGACGCUCCUGGUCGUCAGGCUGCUGACUAAAAUAACAAACAACGACUCACUGCCCGACACCAUGGUCAGCAAAGCCAAGGAACUGAUAGGCAAGGUUGUCGUCGCGUUCGACGCCACUUCAGGCAUCUCGCCAAGCGAGCCCUAUCCAAAAGAUGCCCCGCUGCUGCGGGUUUACAGGUCAGUUUACCGCGAACUCCUGAGCGAAUUUGGCUCCGACGCACUUCUGCACAAGGCCAUGACCUCCGAUGACCCCUUCUUUGAGAAGUCUUUGGUCCGGUGUCUGUCGGAGGAGCUGACGCAAAUAUGCGACACAGAGCCUGCGGUCAGCCCGACUCAUUUACGUGGCGACACACCACCGCAGGAGCCGGAGGGCAAAAGGGGACUCCUUCAAAAGUUCAAGCAGAAAUUUCAACCACUCAAGACCAAUUCGCUCCAGCCGUCAAGUAGGGCCCAGACCUCUCACCCUAGUAGUGCCUCCAGCACCACAGGCGACAUGUCUCCAGUCAGUGUUCCUCCGCGUAAUGACCAAGCCCCUGAGAACUCUGAGAUGAGUGGGGAGAACAGGCCUAAAAGUCCCUUCAGCAUCAAAAUCUAUUCAGUGCAAAGGAGGAACCAUUAAAAAUCGACAUCAGUAGCAUGCAAAUAAAUGUCAGGCACACAUUCAA